AUGCGCGCCUCCUGCAAGCUCGCCGCCCAGGUCCUGCAGCACGCCGGCUCCCUGGUGCGGCCCGGCGUCACCACGGACGAGAUCGACGCCGCGGUGCACGCGAUGGUGAUCGCCGCGGGCGCCUAUCCGAGCCCCCUGAACUAUGGGAAGUUCCCCAAGAGCGUCUGCACCAGCGUCAACGAAUGCCUCUGCCACGGCAUCCCAGACAGCAGGCCGCUCAAGGACGGUGACAUCAUCAACAUCGACGUCACUGUUUACCUCAAUGGCUACCAUGGUGACACCAGCGCCAUGUUCUAUAUCUGCGGCCCCGACGUGCCGGUGCGCAAGAUCGGUGAGGCUGUGCAGGAGGUGGCCAAACGCCACAAGUUCCAGGUGUCCAAGGACUUCAUCGGCCACGGGGUGGGCAAGGUGUUCCACGCGCGGCCGCACGUGCAGCACGUGCGCAAUCUGGACAUGGACAAGAUGCAGCUCAACUCUACGUUCACGAUCGAGCCGAUCCUGGUGGAGGGCAGCCCCAAGAUGGUGGAGUGGAAGGACAACUGGACAGUGGUGACAGCGGACGGCGGCCUGGCGGCGCAGAUGGAGCACACGCUGCUCAUCACGCCCAACGGCGCCGAGGUGCUCACGGUCACGUGA